AUGAAUUGGGAUGCGAAGGAUUUACUGCACUGGCUACGUCAGUGGGGUCCUAUUAAUAACAGUCUUCUUUACUUCUCCAAUCACUCCCAAGUGUUGCACCCGUUUGCGGUGCCCUUUAGCAGCGGUGGGGCGGCGUCCUCCUCUGCCCGGUCGCUGGUUGGGAGGCAUGAGAGCAGCGCGGAGGUAAUAGGGCAAGGGGAAACCGAGGCUGGUGCGAGGGAGGCGGACGAUGUUGCUGUGGGGGUUGAAGCUGCCUUUAACGAGGCAACUGACAGUAGCAACGUAUUGAUGCUCUAUGCGCGGGUGUACGACAUGCUUUCAACGUUCGGCAAAGUGGGGUUCUGGUCGAACGCCGUCAUUUUGGAGCAGCUGCUUGCCUCGUCUAUUUCUGCGUGGGUGGUGCGGCUGUGUGCGAGCAGCGGCGGUCGUCUCCAGGCGUGUCCGGCGCCAUCUAUCGAAGAGUUGAAGCCGCGGUCGAUCUGGUGGAGUUCCCGUGAGUUGAGCGAUGCUUGGGAGGAGGCGUUGGAAACCAACAGCAGGCCGUGGACAACGUUGGCGGGGGUAACGGCGAUGGAUGAUGUGGAGGCGGCCAAAAAACGCUCUCGAGAUCGGCCAGUCAGAGUGAUGCCAGAAGACGCCUCGCAUGAGAGGCGGCCGCACUCAGGGGACGGCGAGGAAUGUCACCCGGAAGCAGCGUCCCACAGAAGGGGGGAGACAGCAAAGAGGGAAGCGGAGGAGGAGGAGGAGGAGGAAAUAUUGGCUCUACACAGUCUUGUCACCUUUGCCCUGCACUAUCACCGAAUGCGGUGGGUUCUGCGGGUUGUAUUUCUGCGCGUAGAUGUUGAGCUAGACAACAUUGCGUGGCGCAUUAUGCGAAGCUGCGUCCUGUCAACACUAAAGUACAACACUGUCAUGAUAGAGAGCGUCUUGCACCGCACGGUUGAGUAUUGUCUGGAGAACUCUCAUGCUUGUCAUGAACCUACAACGGCGGAACUCGCUCAGGCAGACGCGCAAGCGUGUUUUGAUGCCGUUUCCACCCCCUCAUUCUCAUUGGAUGCACUGAGGUGUUUAAGGGAUCGUGAUGUCUUGCUUGUCUGUCGAGUUUUGUCAAUGUUGGAUGAGUGUUGUGCGCAGGAGAUUUCCCGCCUUGUGACAGACCGGGUCGUUGGACUCAAUGAACAGCACGGCUGUGAGCUGGCGUACACCAACUUGGCACCUUUGUUAGUACAAGAUGGAACCGGCACGAAUGACAAGGCCCCAAGGCUCAAGGAUGCCUUUGGGGCGUUGCAAAACUGCAUGAAUGCCUUCAUGCGUCUUCGCAGCUCCAUGCUGCUGUACUUUGGUGGCGGGACACAGCAUGUGGAUCAGUUGUCGACGCUCGGGCGGGAAGGUUUCUCAAAGGCGGAACGUGCAUUCUCCGUUGGAUUCUGUCAGGGCGUCGUUUUUCUUAAAUUUGUUGAUGCCUGGGCCCUGCCACUUUGGCUGUAUGCCUGCGAGGAAGAGCAAGAACGGUGGAUGUUGUCUACCACUGCCCGUGCCGCACGGUGGAGCAGUGUGAAGGAGAUGACUGGGCAGUUGGACGAUUCCAUUGGUGUUCGCUCCCACAGUAGGACUCUUUGGCAGCUGGGUCAGGUGGAGGCCAGCGGAGGCAGCUCUACCACCGAGAACGGCAGUUUACCGCGGAGCCCAGGGUUUGCGACACUGAUCUUCUUUCUCAACCCCGAGCCAAAACUGCUCUCGGACUUUGAAGCGUGUUUUGGAGCGGCUGUGCGUCGAUACUUUGAGGAACUUCUGGCGAAGUCGCACACGACAGGAGCACCGCUGCAGGCGCUUCCGCGUGAUGUCUACCAACACUGUGUGUUUCUUCUCAGGCUGACAAAUCAGCUGCUGGAGCCGCCCGCCUCUGCUGGUUGUGCGGGGGCCCACGCAACAUUGCGGGCGGUGCGGAAAGGCAUGCAAAAAUUCUUUUCGGAACGUGAAUCAUGUGUCGUACUCACAUUGGCAAGUGCCCUUCAUGAGCAGGUGGCCGUUGGGAAUUCGCACGGGGGCCCAGCCGAUGGCGGUGGCACAUACCUCGAGAUCAUUGACACCAUUCUGGAGCUCGCCUCCCUCCUUCACUCGAAAGAUCUUUUUGUGAACUGCUACUGCGGUUUGCUGGCACCGCGGCUUAUGAUGGCGCAGCAAUCCCUGACGCUGGAUAUGGACACGGAAGUCAUCUCCCGUCUGGCAGUACGUCUGGGUGAUGCCCUUGCUGCGGAACCCUGUGCCUUGCUGCGUGACAUCCGUGCUGGGACGCCGGCGCCGCAUCGCAUCUCACCUGUCGCCGGCGCAUUACAGCAGCCUGAGCUGCUUCGGCACGUGCGAGUCCUCUGUAAGGCCCGUUGGGAGAAGUACGCUCGUGUUACUGUGAAUCUCUCAGAGAUGCAGCGCUGCUUCGAGGAAGGACAGUGGUUUGACGCGAAAAUGCUGUACGCGAUGCGUGCAUUUGAGGAACGCUUUGACGGCGUGGAAGGCAAUGGGGCGGGAAGUAACUCGAGAAAGCACGUCUCCUCCCGUGUGAGUCGCUGCACUGGAUUCCUUGGCAGCCGCGGGAGCCUGGACGGUGGCGACGACGCGGACCACAGUAUCGCCAGCCAGGAGGAUCACGUGUUGGCCGCCGCCGCUGGCAGCAGAAGCGCUGAGUCCCGACGCACUUCUCUUCCUGCGUCCAGCACCUUCUCUGGGGCGGAGUGUGUGCUGCAGCGGCGACGGCUCUCGUGGUCACUUGGAAGUGGGGCGCUCACUGUGGUGUGUCACGCGGCGCAGGUGCACGAGCGCGAUCCUGUUUCGAGUGUGCAGCUGGUGAUGCCACCCGUCGGUCUUUUGCUGCUGCAGGCCCUUGAGCGCUACGACGAUUCCUCGACCACGACAUCCGUGCUCAGCCCUACCAGCUGUACCCUGGAAUUCCUGCACGACAAACUGCCUGUCGAGGUGCCGAAGCCGCUUCUCGCCGCCGUUUUGGGCGGCCUGGUGCGACACCGCAUCGUGAGGCGGACCGCUGCCGCCAUCCACCGCAGCAACACUGCCGGCGGCGGCGGCGGCGCUGGUGGGUCCACCACGUACAGUCUGCCGGCAUCGUUUGCGGAGUGCAGGAAGCGGAAAGUCGUCAUUGACGCUGCCAGCGCGCUGCAUCACUGGGUGCCGUACUUGCAGGAGGAGCCGGGUGACAGCAAGGCAAUCGUCAUGACGGUGGAUGGCAUUCUCGACACGGAGCGGCUGAGGAAGUUGGAGGCUGGCAUCGUACGCAUCAUGAAGGAGAAACACUCGCUUGCGCAUUCCGAUCUUUUUAACUCUGUUGCGGCACUCCUUGUGAACCAUUUUGCUGUCACGGCACCCAUGUUUAAGCGUUGCGUGUCGCAGCUCAUUGAACGCGAGUUUAUUGCGCGGCAGGAACGAGACACUUAUGUAUACCUCGUCUAG